AUGCCUCAAGAAGACGAACAACGGUAUCGCCAUUUGCCUCCAAUGGCUGCCUCACCACCCCCAGCCAAGCGCUACAAGUCUUCCGAAUCCACCCCGGCCAGUGAUGCCGGUCGCCACAGGUACUAUCAUUCUCAGUCCGUCUCCACCAGCGACCGGGCCAGCUCGCGACAAACCUCCACCGCCAUGGAUAUCUACGUUAUUACCGAUCGAGAUCCGUCCGAGAGAGACCGGGACCGGAAUCGGGAUCGGGACAAGGACCGUCGCGUCGGUCGUUUCACCAGUAAUGGCUCGGUCGCAUCCCAUGCCUCGCUCUUAUCACACGAUUCGCGCCCCUCACCGCCGGUGAUCAUCAACAAUCGCAAGUAUGUUUCCAUGGAAGAGGGGAGGUUGGGCAGUGGAGAAUUGAAUCCAAUCAUUAACCAUGCAUCCAGAAUCCCUGAGAAAUACCCUCCAGUCUCCGAGAACGACCGCAUGUACCAUGGUUAUCACAAGGGGAUGUACUUUCUCCCCUGUGACGAAGAAGAACAAGAUCGCCUUGAUAUCUUUCACAAAGUCCUGACUGUCGCUCGAGCAUCGGAUGGUUUAAUAUAUGCGCCUCAUCCUGCGAACUCGCGCAUCUUGGAUUUGGGUUGCGGCACGGGUAUCUGGUGUAUUGAGGUUGCCAACAAAUAUCCAAAUUCGUUCGUGGUUGGAACCGAUUUAGCACCUAUUCAACCUACCAAUCGGCCCAAAAACUGCGAUUUUCACGCGCCAUUCGACUUUGAGGGUCCCUGGGCAAUGGGAGAGGAUUCGUGGGAUCUGAUCCACCUGCAAAUGGGAUCCGGAAGUGUUCAAAGCUGGGCGAACCUAUACCAGCGGAUCUUUGCCCACCUUCGUCCAGGUGCCUGGUUUGAACAAGUAGAAAUUGACUUUGAGCCUCGCUGUGACGAUCGAUCAAUGAACGGAUUGGCCUUGCGACAUUGGUACUCGGCCCUCAAACAUGCUAGCGAAUCCCGGAAUCGACCGAUCGCGCAUAGCUCCCGCGAAGCCGUUCGUCACUUGCAAGAAGCCGGCUUCACAGAAAUUGAUCACCAAAUGGUCGGUCUACCGCUGAACCCCUGGCACAAUGACGAACAUGAGCGCAAGGUCGCUCGGUGGUACAAUCUUGCCAUGUCUGAGAGCAUUGAGGCCCUCAGCUUGGCUACCUUUAGCCGAGCAUACGGCUGGCCAGUUGAGAAGAUUAAACGCAUGGCCACCGAUGUCAAAUCAGAAGCGUUCAACAAGGAUAUCCACUGUUACAACAUCUUGCAUAUUUAUCAAGCGCGCAAACCUCUUGCCAAUUAG